AUGCAUGGAUAUGAGCUUUGUGGUAAGGUGUUUGCUUAUGAUACAAACCAUGAUCUUAAGGCGUACUCAAAUUUGGUAGACAGCGUGGUGAGUAUAGUGUAUAUUGGAGGAUUGGGAUCACAUAUGGCAGUAGAUGCAUUUACAGUAUCUCUUGAGAAGUAUUGCUCAAGAAACGGCUAUAGAUUUGUCAUUCCACAGCUAAGAUCACAUCCGCAUUUUGGAUUGUUUACGAUUGAUGAUGAUGCGGAAGACUUAAAUGGAUUGCUAAUGAGUCUUGAAGGUGAUGUAGUUCUUGUGGGGAAUUCAACAGGAUGCCAGGACAUUAUUCAUUAUUUGAAAGUAUUUGGGAAUUCAAAUGUGAAGCUGGCUGUUUUGCAAGGAGCAGUCAGUGAUGUAGAGUACGAGGAGCAUGUGAUGAACGAUCUUGGCAAGUACUUGCAUCAGGCACGUGGUAUGAGUAAGGAUGCAGUCAUGAACUACCGGGGAAUGUACAUCAAAGCACAGAGGUUUAUGGAUUUAUUUUGCAGGUACGGGAAGGAGGAUAUGUUUUCAAGCUACUUAUCAGAUGAGUUUUUUAUGGAUUUGAAUACUAUGAACACCAGGAUUUUAUUUGUUGUUUCUGGUAAAGAUGAGUACAGUGUGUCAGACAUAAUGCCAAAGUUGAAGCUUGUAAGCAAUUCUUCCACAGUGUGUAUACCGGAAGGCACGCAUCUUCUUUGUACGGGCAACGACAUAUCAUUAUUCCUUGGAUAUCUUGACAAAGAAAUAAUUAGAGUUUUGAAUGUAGAAUCAGUUUAG